CUCUCCUCCUUUUGGAUAGCACACUGAAGAAGCAGCAGCAGCACCUUGAGGAGCCCUAACCUACUCCCAGAAGAUGAUAGGAACAAUGAAAUAAGGGAUACUGCCAGCAGACUGUUGGAGCAAACAUGUUGACUAGACUAUUCAGUGAGACGUCCCUGAUUCCAGAAGUUCAGAAAUUUGCUAACUGGGUUGAUGAAUGUGAUGAUGAUGAAGAUGAAGACGAGGAUGAUGACGUCCCUAAAGUAAAAGAAGAAAGAAAAGGAAAAAUCUGUCAAAUACAAGAAGCUCAGAUCGAUGGUCCCUUGAGCGCAAGCAAGGAAGAUGGAGAUCUUGGAGCGGAAGAAGAAGACGAAGAGGACGACGAAGAUGGAGCUGAUGAAACAGAAGGAGAAAGACCUAAAAAACGAGGACCUAAGAAAAGAAAAAUGACCAAGGCCAGGAUGGAACGGUCAAAGCUUAGGCGUCAGAAGGCAAAUGCCAGAGAAAGGAAUCGCAUGCAUGAUUUGAAUUCGGCCCUGGACAAUCUGCGCAAAGUCGUCCCUUGUUACUCUAAGACUCAGAAAUUAUCUAAAAUUGAAACUUUGAGACUGGCCAAAAAUUAUAUCUGGGCGCUGUCUGAGAUCCUUCGCUCUGGAAAAAGACCAGAUCUGGUGUCCUAUGUUCAAACAUUAUGCAAAGGUUUAUCUCAACCAACAACUAAUUUGGUAGCUGGCUGUCUUCAGCUCAACUCUAGGAAUUUCUUAACUGAGCAAGGCCAGGACGCUGGACGGUACCACGGCCCUAAUUCAUCAUUUGCGAUGCAUCCUUAUUCCUAUCCCUGCUCCAGGUUAUCAAGUGCACAGUGCCAGUCCAGCACCAUGGCUAGCACUCAUGCCCUGAGGACACACGCCUACUGUGGCACCUAUGACUCCAUCUAUGGAAAUGCAUCUCCCGAUUACAACAGUUCAGAGUAUGACGCUCCCCUGAGCCCACCACUGUGCAUUAAUGGGAAUUUCUCCCUGAAGCAAGACUCGUCCCCAGAUCACGACAAGAACUACCACUACUCUAUGCACUACUCUUCGCUACCAAGCUCCCGACCCUCUGGGCACAACUUGGUCUUUAGCUCCUCCAGUAUGCGCAGUGGAGUCCAUUCAGAAAAUAUACUGCCUUAUGAUAUGCAUCUUCAUCAUGAUAGGGCCCCGAUGUAUGAGGAACUAAAUGCAUUUUUCCAUAAUUAACCUUUCAAGCACUGACUUACGUUUUGCACAUUGUAGUUAUCCAUGUUUUAGAUAAAUGUUUUCAGAGUUGUGCUGUCUUCUUGUAACAUGUUUUGCCACAAUGUCGGAAUUUAACAGCCUUUCAAAAGUCAGUUUACUCUAAGAAUAACGUGGGUCAGUUGGUUUUAAUGUUAAACGAUAUAAAUUGAUCUAACCAGUAAUUGGCGAAUGCACUAUGAAUACAAAAUGUUGUAACAGACCUUUCAGAGCGGAGUUAUUUUUCAUAUUUAAUAUUUCCCAGUUAUAAGGAAACCUGGCUAAACUAAUAAUUGCAGACCAGUUUGCAAAACUGUUAAAUUAAGAUAAAAUCAAAAAUGACUUUUCUGGAUAUGAAAAUUAAAUGGGUGUGUUUCAUAAUUUAGAAAAAAAUGUUACACAAAUUGUGAAGAUGUCAAAUAUUUUUUCUUGUACAAGCUACAGGAAUACUUUUAAAAUGUCACAGUUGUUCUGAAAAUUCUUAGAAAAUUACUGCAGCUAGUACCGCUAUAUUAAAAUAAUUAAAAUGAUGAAAUCUGAUUGAGAUCCAGUACAUGUAACAGUUAAUGCAGUAUGGUAACAUGGCAAAGCAAUAAAAGACAAGGAAAAUCUAUGCAAGUAGAUAUUUAACAUAGAAAAUCCAGGUGGAGAAUAAUAUAAGGACCAAGCAACUUGCAAAGGUUAAAUUGUGCACUUUUUGAAUGAACGUGAGAGAGCGUUUAAUUUUUCUGUACUUACAAUCACUUAAUUUUGUUUUGGUCCAUGUAUGUACAACACUAUUUUUUUAUGUAUGUGCCAUAGCAUUUUCUAUUUUGAAAAAAAAAAAUGGAAUACAUUGCAGUUCAUUGUGUAAUGCAUGGUAAUUCACAAAUAUGCAAAUAGUAAAUGUGGUAAUAUUAGGUCACUAUAACACAACUUUUACUAUCCUGAUGCUUUUCACAUUUGUGUGGAAUGUUCAAAGACAUCCCAUAUGAACUCAACAAUUUUUAUAAUAUGUUUACCUUGCAUUUUUUCCAGAUUAGGGCAUCCCCAGAUAUUGCUUGUGUAGUUGUUUUGAUGAGUAUUUUUGUCUAUGGAUUUUAUAUGGAUUUAUAAAUUAAGUGAACUUUGUGUCUUAUUUAAACAAAUUCACUUCUUAUAACCACAUAUUAUACCAGCAUUGUGGAUGAGUAUUCUCCUGAUAAGGUUUUAAAAUCAUACAGAUCAAGUGAAAGCAUACAGUUGGACACCAGAAGUGCUUUUUGUAUCUAUAUAGGUUACAUUUUGAGGCUGUGAAAAUGUUUAUGUAAACUAAUAUGCAAGAAAAGUACAAUCUCUUAAAUGUUUGUGAAAUCCUUCCCACAAAAAUCUACAAGAUUUGCUGAAAGUGUCUUUUUAAUUUUGACAUCUUAUAUUGUUUCUUGCACAAAUGUUUCUUUUUCUGUUCAUGUGAUAAUAAAUCAAUGCAGUUCUGACA